AUGCUCAUUACCGAAAAGGUGGUUGAUUCAGACAAGAGCCUCCUCACCCUCGUCUUCUCCCUCCGCAAGGUCGAGUCUAAAUACCCCCUUGUGGCCCUUCACACCGGAUCCCUCCCGGACAAGACUCUCCGGGCCCUCGCGGCGAGGGAUAUCCCCACCCAGCGUGUGCCAUAUCUGUGCCCCGGGCCUCAAUCAGAGGAGGGGGGCAAUGACGAUGUUGGGAGGGCAAAGGAUGGGGACAGCAAGGAUCACGCUGGCGGUGGCGAUACCAACAACGACGACACCUGGUAUGCUAAGGAUCCGCGCUUCCGGGUCUGCUUCACCAAGCUGGCUGUGUUUUCCCUGACAGCAUACGACCGCGUUGUGAUGCUUGACGCCGACAUGCUGGUGCGGCGGAAUAUGGACGAGCUGUUCGACGUGCCGCUGGAUGAGGAGGAUCGGUUGUUUGCUGCUACAGACGCCUGCGUCUGCAAUCCACACGAACUCCCCCACUACCCCCCAAUCUGGACCCCCGCCAACUGCGCCUACACUACUCAACAACAACAGCAACAACGAACCUCCCUCCUCACCUCCUCCCCAACCACCCAACCCCAGACCCAACACCCAACGCGCUCCUCCACCUCCACAACCCCCACCCCCACACUCAACGCCGGCCUCCUCACCCUGCACCCCUCCCCCACCACCCACCACACCAUAACCACCUUCCUGCACCACAACCCCUCAGCCUGCACCCCCCACCACCUCCCCUUCGCCGACCAAUCCCUCCUCAGCACCCUCUUCCGCGGGCGCUGGGCGGCCCUGCCAUAUGUGUAUAACGCGCUGGCGCCGAUGCGGCGGUCUGUGGCCAGAGGGGGCCACGGGCGUGGGGGUGGGGGUGAUGGGGGUGAUGGGGGUGUGGCGCCGUUGUGGCGGGAUGGGGAGGUGAAGGCGGUGCAUUAUAUUUUGGUGCCGAAGCCUUGGGAGGAGGGGGCGGGGUCUUCUUCUGGGGAGGGGGAGGGGGAAGGGGAUGAGGAUGAGGCUGAGACGCGGAGGUGGUGGAGGGAGGUUGAUGGCGAGAGGCGGCGGUGGGAGGAGGAGAGGGGGAUUCGGUGCUGA